AGUAGCCGUAAAGCUCGUGAAGUAAUGCAGCUUAAUCAGCCCCCCAAAAACUGUAGAGAAGCUUUCACUGCUGAGGGGGAUCAAGUAUUUGAGAGACGGUAUUAUUCUUCUGAUUACCACAGACCCAACUUCCUCAGCAAAGAUGUCGAAGCAGAAGUAAGUCACUUGGAAAAAGAAAUUGAAAACAAAAAGACACAGUUGGCAGCAUCUCAGCAACGUUUAUAUUCCAUUGAAAAUGAGAUUAGGCAGAAUGAAGAUCAACUUUAUGGUCAUCGACGACUACAAAAAGAAUUGCAGAUAAAAAUAAGAACAACAAAUGCAGAAAUAGCAGAUCUUGAAAACAUCGAAGAACACCAGUCAGUGGACAUCCGUAUAUUAGAAGAUGAAGCUGAAGAAAAUAAGGGUAAAAUGGAAUCUGUAAAAAAAGACAAGGAGCAACAAAGCAGAAGAAUGGAAGAAUUGAAAAAUAGUCUCCAGGUAGCUGAAAAAAAAUUUGAAGAAAUGAAAGAAAAAAUGCAGCAAGUAGAAGAAAUUGCAGGUCCAAUUAAGGAUGAAUUAAACCAAGCUGACUCGGAAGUGGAGAACAGAAAACGCCGUUUGCAGCACUAUGAAGCCAAACAGAAAGAACACCUGGCUUGCGUAAAAAGACUUAAAGACUUACUAGCUGCCAAAGAAAAAGAAUUGGAGGAAAAAACGGCACAAGCUCGGCAAAUCCACCCGGAGCGCAUAGAGGUCAGCAGAACUGUGAAGAGUCUUGAUGCAGAAAUGAAUCGCUUGAGAGAGAGGAUAAAUUCAGAAAACGAUCGCCAUGGAAACAGAGAAGAAAUAAUACAGCAAUUUCAUGAUGCAAAGGAAAGAUAUGAGGAUGCAAACAGUAAGGUAAAGCAUUUAAAGAAAUUUAUUAGGCUGCUGGAAGAAAUAAUGACACAGAGAUUCAAAAUAUACUGGCAAUUUUUAAGGCUCCUUUCUUUACGAUGCAAACUCUCCUUUGACAAUUUAUUACGUACUCAAGCUUACUCUGGAAAAAUACUUUUUGAUCACAAGAAUGAGACACUUUCAAUAACAGUUCAGCCUCGAGAGGAGGACAGAGCUGCCCUUAAUGACGUGAGAUCCUUAUCGGGAGGCGAACGUUCCUUCUCAACAGUUUGUUUCGUUCUUUCUCUGUGGUCCAUUACGGAAUCUCCUUUCAGAUGCUUGGAUGAAUUUGAUGUCUACAUGGACAGGGUUAACAGAAGAAUUGCAAUGGAUAUGAUUCUUAAGGAGGCUGACUCUCAGCAUCAUCGACAGUUCAUUUUGCUCACCCCACAAAGCACGAGUUCUCUGCCUAUGAGUUCCCGUAUUCGAAUCCUCCGAAUGCAAGACCCUGAAAGAGGCCAAAGAACAUUGAAUUUCCAAAAUAGGAAUGACAAAGAGGAAGAUCAAUAA